CUCAGCGCGUAGGGGGCGUGGCCACGCCUUCCCGGUCAGCCGCCACGUGAGCCUCGCGCCGUUCUAGCUGAGGUGAGGAGCCAGCAUGUCGGCGGCCGUGGCGGCUUCGGGAAAGCGGGGGAAGCCGGCGGGUCCGAGUGCCGGCAAGCGGCGGCGGAAGCCCGACGUGGAGGAGGAGCCGGGCCGGGCCAAGCCGGGCACCAAGAAGAGACCCAAGCUGAGUGAGGAGAUUUCCAGCGACUCGGAGCCGGAAAGUCCUGAGGACACAAGGACCAAGGAAGAGGAAGAUGAGGAGCUGGAGGAGACUGCCCAGGAGAAGAAGCUCCGGCUGGCUAAGCUGUACUUGGAGCAGUUGAGGCAGCAAGAGGAGGAGAAAGCAGAAGAGGAGGCCUUUGGGAAUGACCAGGUGGCUGGGCGGCUAAAAGAAGAUGUGCUCGAGCAGAGAGGUCGACUUCAGAAGCUAGUGGCAAAGGAGGUCCAGGCUCCGGUGGCUGCAGACAUCCGGGUCCUUCGGGGCCACCAGCUGUCCAUCACAUGCCUGGUCAUCACCCCAGACAACUCGGCCAUCUUCUCUGGAGCCAAAGACUGCACCAUCAUCAAAUGGGGUGUGGAGAGUGGGAAGAAGCUGCACCAGAUUCAGAGGGUGAAGAAGGGGGCCGAAGGCCAGCCACCCGGGCACGCUGACCACGUCCUCUGCAUGGCGAUUUCCUCAGACGGCAAGUACCUGGCCUCGGGAGACAAGAACAAGCUCAUCCUGAUCUGGGACGCAGGCACCUGCAGGCACCUCUAUACCUUCACGGGACAUCGGGAUGCAGUCUCGGGCCUGGCAUUUCGGAGGGGCACGCACCAGCUGUACAGCACAUCCCACGACCGCUCUGUGAAGGUGUGGAACGUGGCCGAGAACGCCUACAUAGAGACCCUGUUUGGGCACCAGGAUGCCGUGACGGCCCUGGAUGGACUGAGCCGGGAGAGCUGUGUGACCGCGGGGGGUCGCGACGGCACUGUCCGUGUUUGGAAGAUUCCCGAGGAGUCACAGUUGGUCUUCUAUGGCCACCAGGGCUCCAUUGACUGCAUCCAGCUCAUCAAUGAGGAACACAUGAUAUCUGGCUCAGAGGACGGCUCCUUGGCUCUGUGGGGCCUCUCCAAGAAGCGGCCCCUCACCCUGCAACAAAAAGCCCAUGGGAUGCGUGGGGAAGAAGGCUUGGAGCAGCCCUUCUGGGUGUCCUCUGUGACUGCGCUGCUCAACACGGACCUUGUGGCCUCAGGGUCUCACAGCUCCUUUGUGCGACUCUGGCGGUGUGCAGAGGGUUUCCGGAAGCUGGAGCCCCUCUGGGACAUCCCUUUGGUUGGCUUCAUCAACAGCCUCAAAUUCUCCAGCACGGGAGACUUCCUGGUGGCGGGCGUCGGGAAGGAGCACAGGUUGGGACGCUGGUGGCAGAUCAAAGAUGCCAAGAACGCGGUCUGCAUCAUCCCCCUGCGGAGAGUGCCUCCUGCCCCCGCCGCUGGCUCCUAGCUCCUCUUCCCCAGAAGCCCUCCCCUCCUUAUUUAAGGCUCUUCUCUGCUCCCACUGUUUGUAUUAAACUGGCCUGUGGGUCACUCCAGGCCCAGCCUGCCUGUGGGUUCUUCCUGGGGAUGGGCAAGGCUCAAAGGGAGCAGGAGGUGGGGUUUGGGGCCUGGCGCCCAGCUCUUGUCCCUGUCUCCCUGGGACAUCUCUGGGGAGGUCUGGGAGUGGAAGCAGUUUCCCAGCCGCAGGAACAGGACGGACAGAGACAGUGUCGGACACAGAGCAGCUGGCGAGAGCCAGAGAGCGAGCGUGGUCACGGUUAAGAGAGCACGUCCGGCUUGCAGCGGGCUCUAUGUCUGUUAUCUCAUCCAUCCCUACAACCCUGGGAGAUAGCUGCCAUCGUAGUCUCCGGUUUUACAGACGAGGAAACUGAGGCAGACAGGUAGCAGGGCCCUUGCCCAAGAUCCCUCAGCUAGUCAGGGCCCGAGGAGGGAAGAGGUCAGGUCAGACCUACCAAAAUCCUUUAUUGGGGAGGACCGACCGGGCCCUAGGCAAUUAAGACCUUCAUGUCCAGUGCCAGGCCACCGGCCAUGACCUGGUAACGGCCACGCAUGAGCCCACGGGUUAGGCAGUUGCGCCAGCGCAUCUGGAUCAGGCAAGCAGCGGCCCGAGCCCUCAGGUAACGCCGUCGCACACGCCACAUGCGGACCACGGCCUGAAGCUUCACCGCGGCCCACUCUUGCCUCGUGUAGAGCUGCAGCACUGUCCGUCGCCGCCGCUCUAAUAACUGCGUAUGAGCUACCCGCCACCAGGCCUGGAUGAUCCAGGCGCAGAGGGCCGCAUGCAGCAGGGUCCGUCGCACUAGGGUCCCCCGCCACCAGGCCUGGAUCUUGAUGGCUGCCUUGUCCUAGGCCAGAGUGGAGCAGGACAAAAGCCUACUCAGCUCCCAGCCAGUCCCCUGUCCUUGCUUAGCCUGUGUCUCUGUCUGCAUCUUCCUGUCCCAGAGCUCCGCCCUCUGGUAAUAACCUUAAACCUUCCUUGACUCCUGUCAUCCCCCCUCCUCCCCCUUUCUCUGAGCCCCAUGUGGUCCGGGUCAGGCCUGGCUGUUUUUCCUCUUACCAGAUGGGGGCCUUGGAGGCUCCACAGAAAAUGUUCCACUCCCCCCCGGCCAAAAUGAAACAAGAGCCCUGUGCUCCUCAUUUGGUGGGUGACGAUAAAUUUUUUAAGAAGUGUUUGACCACAUUUAAACCUUCUCUGGCUUGAUAAAUGAAAACAGAGAGAGAGAACUUGGUUCAGCCGUGCUCCCGUUCGGUACAGCAAGCAAAGCUUAAAGCAGCUUAAAACCAAGCACUGGCCUCCGCCACGGAGCGUCUUGGGUGGCUGGAAUGGAAGAAGGGUUCUUCACAGGCUCCCGAGCUCCUCCAAAUGCCUUUAUUUUCAGAUGACAUUUUGUUGAUUGCAUCAAGCCCCAGAGUCUGGACCCCCUCCAUGAAAUUCAUUCCCAUUCAAGUGAUCAGCCUAACAAUUCAAUAGGAAAAAAACAAGUGCACGAAGAUGGGCCUGUUACCCAAUGUGCAGCUGGAAACGUGGCCUGUUAUGUCAGCCUGUCAGCACAUGUGUCUUCAUUAGGCAUUGUAGAUGGACGGUAAACUAGACCCAAAUUCAAAAGAAGAGUGGGUCGAUUGAAUUACAUUGAGGAGCCUUCUGAUCAUCUUAAAUUUGCCCCCUGACAGACAUAAAACCUACUUUUGAACAAAGGCAGAUUUCCAAUAAUCCUCUCUCUCUACAUAAUAUGGAAUACUCCAAAUUAAUUGGGGAACUCAAGGCAAUGGAGACAUACAUAGUGGGUGUAACUACAUCAUAUUGAAGAUUGGUUUAAGAGUUACUCAGGAAAAAGUUAUUCAGGAAAAGGAGCCUCAGAAAAGAGGCAGAUAGCAAGUGAAAGACAAUCCAAAUGCUGCAUUGAUACCCCCCAGACUGUGGAUGUUGCGUAGCUCCUUCAUGGAGGGUUUUUGGAAGUAUGUGAACGGCAAUAAUAACGGAUGAGGUGGUGUGAGUGGAUAGCAGUGCACACUGCUAACGAGGGAGUACCCCCACUAAAACCUUAAAAAUGUGCAUGUUCACUUGAAUAGCUCAGAACGAGUUGGUAGCCUAUGUUUUUGUAUCCACAUAUAAACACUAUUUUACUUUUCUGUAUA